AUGGUAUCAAUAGCAGUAGGAUUGCAAUUGGUAUUACGAGAAGCUCAGAUUUCAUUCGUCCGAUCAAGGGCUAUUGCAGCAUUCGAAUCAUUUGAUCCCGACGAUAAGCCUAAACAGAGAGCCGAGACCGGAGAGCGAGAGAAGACAAUUGAAGGCGAAAAAUGUGCCAGUCCUCGCGGCAAAGUUAAGAGGUAUCCAGAGGAUUCCGCCCAUUUCGAGUCCUUCAACAUCGGUUCUCAGUGUGGGAAUUUAGCGAGGGGAUAUUGGUGCAAAGAGGUGUGCAAAGAGGCGGCGUAUAAAAAGUACAUUAUUCUUGACGAGCAGUCAAUCUACCGGAAUUCGUUAGUAGCAUUUGGAGCUAUUCACUUACGCUUUCCAGUGGUUAAUUUUAUUGUGCGGCUACAAGCGAGAGCCUCAUGCGCAAGGCUGACAGGCGAACUCACCGGUCUGAGGCUCUCGGAAAACCUCGAGCUGCAACCAAAGCGACGCAUCAAUGAUUUCGAAGAAGAAACUGAAGGGCACUUAGGCGGCUGA